UAUUUGAUUUUUAUAUUAAAAAUCGAAAAAUGAUUAGCAAUAUAACUGUUUUAUAUAAAAAUAAAUUAAGCGUACCAUUAACAUAAACUGCGAAACAAUAUCGAAUAUUAAUAUAGAAUAAAUAACAAUUGCCUCAAAAAUAUAUACUUCAAAAGCAAAAAAAAAGUUCACGAAUAUUUAUUAGAUAAUCACUAAAUUAAGAAACGAUUAAACGACACGGCACAAAAGUCGUACAUGUAAUAAGACACGAUGCAUACAAAUACACAAGCACAACCAACAACAACAGCAUCAAGACGGGUACCAAGUCACCCGAUCUAUCUAAACGAUGCACUUAGUCCCAAAAAAACAGCUUUAAUAAUUGUAACAGUAAUUGGCUGCAUUGCGAUAUUAUGGCCCAAAGUAUUUUAUCCAAUGAUGUUUGGUGGAACAGCUAUUAAGCCGAAUAUCAAAGAUCAACGUGGACCAGGUGGAUGCUGUGAUGUCGUGCUUGACAGGGAAAAAUUUUUAAAUACAACACCUGCUGAACCAUUUGGGCCUCAGUUAUAUCGCAAGCAAAUAAAUAUAAUAACCGGCGAAGUCAAUUUUCACACAGGUUUACGACAGGAACGACCUGCUCACUUACAUCCUGAAUCGAUAUAUCAGGCGAUGCGUGAGCGUGGGCGCGCUAUUCCUGUUACGCCUACUGUACCAAUUGUCGAAAGAAAGGGAUCACCCAGCAAUCCUCCGCCGCGCAUUGUUGAAGGAAGACCUGGACCAAUUCCCGGUAUGCGGCCACCUAUGGGAGCCGGGUCAAUGCAUCAACCCCAAAAGGGUAAUAGCAUGGGCUUUAUAAUGCCUAUUUAUACAAUCGCAAUAAUUGUGUUCUUUGGUUAUACCAUUAUGAAGAUAGUUCUAAAAAAGCCUAUACCAAACGCGCCUUAUGGACCAGCACCUUCUGAUCCAAACUUUAGAAAGGAAGUAUUUGGACACGAUAACGGCAGACAUGUUGAGGAUUUGAAUGGCUCCAAAUUGGGGUGGAGAGAGCAUCAAACAAGAACUAAUCUGCACUCGCACGAUCCCAGAAGCGGUAGUGAACUUUAUCAUGCAGCUUCUAACCUGACUGCGGCAGCUUCUAAUUUGUCAUCGUCACUAAAAUAUCGUCAUUCUCAGCACCAGCAAUACUCACCACAGUAUAACCGCUUCCAACCCCAGCAUCAGCAAAUAGAACCGGCUAACACUACUGCGGGUGCUAUACCAGCUGGUUUCAAUAAGGAAUCAGAACAGCUAAUGGAAAUUGAGAAACUAAGGAAAAGGCUUGAGGAUACUGAAAAAGCAAUGGCAAGAUUAAUCGCUGAAAUGAAUUCAGAUCAAAUUGAAGCCAAGAAAUUAAACGAAAAUUCGAAUACAAAAAACGGAAACAUUUCCAAUGGGCAUACAUUAUCUGAGCAUAUUGAAGAGAAAUCAGCAACAAUGGUUAGUGACGAAAAAGUAGAAAAAUCCAAAAAUGAUGAAGCGAAUCCAACAACAGCCGAAUUACUAAAGGAUGGCAAGGAUAAUCAACAGAGAAAACGUAGAGAUGGCAGUGUUGAACGUACAGUUGCAGUACUUGGCAUGGAGUUAACAGCAAGUUGUGAGGGUGGACAAAAAUGGACUGGACGCCCUCCAACUCCUGUAUUCUUUUCACACAACGAACAUUCCAAAGAAGAUGUUGAUAUUAUGCCAGAACCGCAAUCAAUCUAUUUAGAGGGUUCAUUAGCACAUGAAUCUCAAAUUUUGGUAGCAGAUUCAGAAACUAAAACCACUGAAGUUUAUGAUGAAGAACUCAACGGCUCACCAGAAGAGCCUGCAGUUGUGCUCAGCAGCAAAAUGACAUUAUCCUUAAUUAAUUUGGAUGCACUACAAAAAAAUGAAACUAAGGAUGAUAAAAAUGAUAUUGAGAGUCCCUUAGCUGAUGAUAUUGAGAUAAUUGGUCAUGAUGAGAACUAAAUUGAUAUUAAUAGCACUUGUAUGAUAUAAAGAAUAAGUAACAAUAAUAUUUGUAGCUUAACAUGUAAUUGAGAUAUGAUUGACCCUGUCUGAUGAAAUUAAAACAAUUGAACCUCAUAAAAAACUUAACGAGUUGUAAAAUUUUUAGUGACU